AUGAAAAUUCUGGAUGGACGCAAAGAACAGUACGAUCUUUAUGACAUGUCUUUCGCACAAGCGCUCUUGGAUGGCCUUGAAAGAAAGCUCGAUGAUAGUUUCGAUUUACAGAACAACAACCAAGACUCUGAUCUCUUGAGUACAUAUUUUGGCUCAGCGCUAAAGCUCUGUUCAGCCAGUAAAGAAGCCCGUCGAUACUGUCGUUUGAAGAUUCUUCCUCCAUUAGUGGCAGCUGAUGUUGCUCGUCGUCCUGACGAAGGGGAAACACUUAGGAACAAGAUAAUUCGUGUUAUGAUGAGUCCUGUUUUCUCCAAGGAUCUUGCUUCCGAAUUCAUGUUUGUGCUCUGCAAACGAUCAGUUAAUCGUCUCAUCAAGUAUACAGGGCUGGGACAUUCAGCUGGAUUACUGGCCAAUUCUGGCUUACUUGGUCAGAUAAACGCACCAAAAAGUGCUUCUGACAGUGAAGAUUCGGAGACCGAGGAUUACAGAGCGGUUGAAGACAGGUCAGCUUGUUACAACUUUGAAUGCACAAGGUUAAUCCAGUUACUGGUUGUCUUCGACCAGAAAAUGCGGGACCUUCUCCCU